AUGUGGUUUUUGGAGAAAGUUGUAUGUGGUAGUCAUAACCACCCUAUACCGGAGAGUUUGCUAUCACAUUCGUAUGUUGGACACCUUACCGAAGAAGAAGAGAAUAUCGUAGAGUCACUGACACAAAUUCCUUUGGAGGAUAUCUUGGAUUCAAUCGAUGGCUUCAUCAGUUCUAAGUCUUUGCAUUCGUAUACUUCUUCUAUCUCAUUCUUCAAUGGCACCGACUUCUCAGAAUGGAAAGAGAAUGUUGAGUUCACUUUGGGUGUGCAGGAUAUUGACCUUGCUCUCCAAAUUGAAAAGCGAAUUAUAGAUGAUAAGAGUUCCACUGAAGAUAAGGAUCUCUUGAAAAAGUGGGAGAGAAGUGAUAGGUUGAGCAUACAGUUGAUGCGAAUGCACAUUGAUGCAAACAUUAAAGAAUCGAUUCCCAAACCUAAAAAUGCUAAGAAAUUUAUGGAAAUCGUAAAGGAACGCUUUAAGACAGCUGAUAAGUCUCUAGCUGGGAAGCUGAUGGAUGAUCUUACCACCAUGAAGUAUACCGGUGUAAGGUCAAUGCACCAGCACGUGAUAGAAAUGCGUAGCAUUUCUGCUAAGCUCACUGAGAUGAAAUUAACUGUGGAUGAGAACUUUCUUGUCCAAUUCAUUCUCAAUUCGCUUCCGCCUCAAUAUGCCCAUUUUCAAGUGCAUUACAACACUAUUACGGAAAAGUAG